GUCAUUACGUGCUUCUUGGCCCUGGUGAGCGCACUGUGUCCGCAGGGGCGCAUCCGAAAGGUGGAUUACCUGUGAGCAAAUAAGAGAAAACAAGGGCGGUCAGUUUGGAACUUGUUCCCUGCAGGUAUUGCAUCCGAGUCAAGCGUUCGAUUAAGUAUCGAUUAAGACUGAGUAGUUUCUCUCGUAUUUUCUAAUUUAAUCCUCAACCCACCCAAGCUCCACGUGCAAGGCUAGUGGAGUUCCAGGCUGACGGGUAGCCAUCCCACUUUCGCGAUCCGUUGGCACGUUUCGAUAUCGCGUAAUUGCUGAAAGACCCUCUUCCGUCCAUUUUUGCGACAUGUCAAAGUCAGCCGAUCUGUUUGACGAGUCUGACUGCGUCUGCUCGAUUGGGAUGAAAUUAACAUGGGACAUCAACGACCCAAAGCUGCCACAGGACAUCAAACAGUUCGACGCAUUCCAGGAAUGGACCGAUGGCUAUGUUCGGUACAUCUACAACAACGAGGACAAGAACGCUCAACGGCACCUUAGCGGCUGGGCGAUGAGGAAUACGAAUAACCACAACUGCCAGAUUCUAAAGAAGUCGUGCCUUGGUGUGGUAGUUUGCAGCAGGGACUGCACACUACCCGACGGCAGCAAAAUACAACUCAGACCCGCUAUCUGCGACAAAGCUCGCCAAAAGCAGCAAAAGAAGUUCUGCCCCAGCUGUAACUCCCCCUUGGAGCUGGUGCCCUGCAGAGGACACAGUGGCUACCCUGUCACCAAUUUCUGGAGGAUGGAUGGAAGAGCCAUAUUUUUCCAGUCGAAGGGAGUCCAUGACCACCCCAGGCCAGAGAGCAAAUCGGAGACAGAGGCCAGGAGGAGCGCAGUGAAAAGAAGGAUGUCCUCGCCCCACUUUGCUCCGAAAAAGAGGCAGAUGGAAUCGGAGGCUGGGAGGUAUCACGAUCCAGGCGGCCCCUUUCCCAACCUGCACCCCCUUUCCUGCAUGGAGAGCGCAGACCGCUACGGCCUGCUCCCUGACCCCAGCUUCCCCAUCACACAGCACUACCCCUCCUACCAGGCUACGGAGGCCUACAAGUUCAGCUACGACCCUCCCGGUGCCGAGCCCAUCGGCGCGCUUCAGAAGAACACCAACCACCGGUUGUACGUGCCGAGGCCACCCUGCAGCUACGACUUCGCCGUGCCGAGCUACCUGGGCUCAGGGUCGUAUGCGAGCCUCUACAAGGAUCCUGGCAGCCCACCAACACCGGACGCCGACCCAGGAAAGGCAUGUGCUGCGCCGGCCGGGCCACAGCCCGGGUCCCUGAGCACUCACAGCCGUGGGUACGAGACCCCCAGCAAGCACCAGGGCUGGAAGCAGGUUUUAGGCAAAGUGGGACAUGGGGAGCAGGCUGACUACACCCAGGGUCCCUCCAGCUCGGGGCACCACUACUGCAACGGCGACUACCUGUGCAGGUACCCCGGGUCUUCGCCAGGCGCUGCCGCCGCCGCCGCCUCCCCUGCUCUCCAGACCAUCAUCACCACCACCACCAAGGUCUCGUACCAGCCCUGCAAACCCUCCAUGGUCAAGUACACCGAGGGCCCGUUCGACGGCAAGAGCACCUCCAGCUGCAGCUCCCUGCUGGAGGCCGGCCCCCCUGCCGGUUACCACGGCGUCAAGGUCCCCGAGGACUCCGGCGUCAUCAAGUCGGCCCUCGGGCACCAGCCGGAAGCGCUGCCCCCCAAAACGGAGCGGACGGAGGGCCUCGACGCCUACCGGUACGGGGGCUAUCCGCCAUUUAGCUACCCGGAGCGAAUUGUGCACCCCUUCAAAUACGAAGGAGGCGAAUACUGAGGCAUGCGCCCUUAAAUCCGAGAGGCCUUAAAGGCUACAGGUGAGGUGCAUUCAUAAAUUGCUGCAAAAGAAAUGACUUUUCUGCUGUUGAAACAGGCAUUGGUGCGUCAUAACAAGUAACAGAAUAUGGGUAGUUGUAACUGCUCCAUCAUCCUGCAUUGCACAUCUGUCCUCAACUUUGGAAAGACAAAACUAAGCCACAAAUGCUUCUUUCAUUACCUACACGUUGUGAGUUUGGUACUCACAGAUACGCCGAAUCAUGUAACAAAAGGACAGCAUGUAAACUAUUAUUGAUUAAAUCUGGCUCAGCAUUUGUCAGUGUAUAGUCAUUUUGUAAAUAUGUCUUAUUUAUAUGCUUGAACUGGAAUUAUUUUAUUUUAGAUUAGGCAAAAAUAAUGAACCAUGGAUUGACUGAGUAGGCCUUUUUCAACAACACAAUGUUCUUAUGUGUGAGAUAAGUGCCUUUAUUUUAUUACGCUACACAGCACUGAAAUACGUGUUAGUAUGUAUGCCUUAUGCUGUUUCACUGUCUGGUAGCUGUGUUUUAUGAAAAAGACAAACAUAAAAGGAUACUUGACUAUGAAUUUCAG